AUGGGCUCCAUCUCAUCCGACAACGAACUAGUCAGCGAGGCACGAUCGCUGCUCGAGAAGACAGUCCGGUCCUCUGACGAAAAGUACGGCUUCGGAACCCUAACCUGCACUGUAUACGAUACAGCCUGGGUAUCUCUCGUCACGAAGACCAUUGAUGGUCAGAAACAAUGGCUGUUUCCCCAAUCAUUCGAGUACCUUCUUGGCACACAAGCUGAGGACGGGAGCUGGGCAAACGAGUUGCAAGCUCCGAUUGAUGGAGUCCUGAAUACGGCAACAGCAUUACUGUCCCUGAGAGAGCAUCGUGAUAAUCCUCUUCAACUUGCUCACGAUCCUAAAGAUCUUGAUACGCGGAUUACCCACGGCGUCACGGCCUUACGUUCUCGUUUGACAACAUGGGACGUUUCAACAACGAACAACGUCGGGUUCGAGAUCAUUGUCCCGUCUAUCCUCAAAAUGCUCGAAAGUCAUGGUUUCGAGUUCGACUUCCGAGGCAAGGAAGCAUUGAUGAAGAUCCACGAUGCGAAAAUGUCUCGCUUCAAUCCAGAGGUGCUGUAUAGUACUUCACGCUCUACCAUAACCCAUUCGUUGGAGGCUUUGAUUGGCCGAGUCGAUUUUGAUAGGCUGGCGCAGCAUAAGGUGUUGGGGUCGAUGUUCGCUUCUCCGUCUUCAACUGCGGCGUAUCUCAUGCAUUGUUCGAAGUGGGAUGAUGAGGCCGAGGCAUAUCUUCGUCAUGCUAUUGAGGGGUCUGCUGGGAGGAGUAGUGGGGGUGUGCCUGGUGUUUUUCCGACUACGCAUUUUGAAUAUACUUGGACAUUGUCGACGCUGCUGAGAGUCGGCUUCUCGUCAUCUGACCUGAACUGUCCCGAGCUAGGGAAAAUGGUCAAAGUGAUUGUGGAUGGAUACGAAGGAGGAAAUGGAGUGAUCGGAUUGAUGCCAGGAAUCCUAGCCGACGUCGACGACACAGCCAAGGGCAUCACCGUGCUCAGCAUGCUCGGACACCCUGUCAACAACUCUGUUCAGAGAAUGAUCGAGGGUUUUGAGCAGCCCACUCACUUCCGCACCUAUCCCGGAGAAAGAGACCCGAGCUUCAGUGCUAACUGCAAUGUCUUGCAAGCUCUUCUGCAUCAGCCAAAUCCCUCGUACUAUGCCGCACAAAUAUCCAAGAUUGUGGGGUUCUUGUCUAAGUGGUGGUGGAACGCUGAUAAUGGCUUAGGGGAUAAAUGGAACACCAGCCAUCUUUAUUCAUCCCUGCUCUUGGUAGAGUCUCUAGUGCACCUCUUGUUCCUCGUUGAACAAGGCGGGUUAAAAUUUCACAUUGACCCCAAAGUCCCCAUUGUUCUGUUUCAAGCGUGCCUGCGCCCGUUGUUGGACCAAGAAAGCAAUGGAUCUUGGGAGCAGUCAGUUGAGAAAACCGCUUACGCAACGUUACUUCUCGCAGAGGCCCGAUGCGUGUCAUUUUUUGAUCCCAUUCGUGAAUGGGUGGAGACCGCUAUUGAAAAGGGUGUUGCAUUCCUCUCCUCGACGCGCACUGAUUCCCUCACAUACCUCUGGUCGGACAAAGUUAGCUACACAUCACUCACCUUGACGGAGACAUACGUAUUGGCAGCACUAAAGUCUGCUCGCAGUCCUCGCGACAUAUCAGUGGGUUCCUCGUUAGCCAGCAUUCCGGCAGAUAUCGCCAAACGGGUGAAGCUAUUCCAAAAGACGCCACUGCUGCAGUGGCUUCCAGACGCAGAAUUGCAAGCCUCGAUGAUUGAAGCACUUCUUUUCCAGCCAUUGCUGGGUAUCUCCGUAUUGGAAAUCCUUCCACGGGAUAUGGUCAAGGGCGGCACCUAUCCGGCCAUCAUCCCAUUUACUUGGACGAGCUGUAAUAACCGGGCGCGGUUUCAUGUGUCUCCCUCAUAUUUGUAUGAGAUGAUGGCUCUAUCCUUUUAUACAUAUCAGGUAGAUGAGUUCAUGGAAGCAGUCGUCGCUCCUGCCUUCCAGGGCCGCAUACCAGAGCUUUGCCAGCUCAUCCGAACUGCAGUGGCACAGGGUACCGCGGAUGUAGAAGGAGACAACGACAUUCUCUACACCCAAGAGAAUAAUCACCUUCCUCCGUCGACUGAUCACGAAAUAUUCGACCUGCUCCGCCAAUUCGUCAAAGUCAUCAUGGGCAACCCAAUCAUCCGGGCAGCAAGUCCCUGGGACCGUGAUGCCCUCCAACGCGAAACCCAAGGCUAUCUGCUUGCUCAAUCAGCACAGAUCGAAGACAGCGAUCAGUUCAAAAAUCAAGGCACGUCAGCCUCCAUGGGUCUCUCCUUUUACAACUGGGUCCACAACGUCUCGUCAUACCACAUCGCCUGUCCGUUCUGUUUCGCAUACUCCAACUGUCUAAUGGGCGCAGCUUUGACCACAUCCACCAACCGCGAUUGCUUCUCUACAGGGACGGAAAAGUACCUCGCUGAAGAUGUUUGUGCUCAUUUGGGCUGCAUGUGUCGUAUGUAUAAUGAUCUUGGGUCUUGGGCUCGGGACCGCGACGAGGGUAAUUUGAACUCGGUCCAUUUUGCUGAGUUUGGCAGUCAGGAUAAGGAUGAGAGUGCCAAGAAGGCGGAGGUUUUUCAGCUGGCGCAGUAUGAGCGGGAAUGCUGGAAGCAGAGCUUCAAGCAGCUUGAGGUGGCGAUGCGCGAGGGAAAGAAACCAGAGGAGGCGAUGCUGGGGAGUCGUCGGGCGCGGAUUGUUCGGUAUUUUUGCGAUGUCACGGACAUUUAUGGGCAGAUUUAUGUUCUUAGGGAUAUUUCGAGUCCGAUUGAGGCGGGGAUGAGGGUGAAGAAUUAG